UAGAGCCCACACUCUUUUACUCUCUCGCUCUCUUCAUUCUCUCUCUCCCUCCACAUUUUAUCGAUCUCUGCUGAUCGUAGAUAUCGAUUAUUGUGGACUAGAUGGACCAGUAUGAAAAGGUUGAGAAGAUCGGUGAGGGGACGUAUGGCGUGGUGUACAAGGCCCGGGAUCGUGUAACAAAUGAGACUAUUGCUUUAAAGAAAAUCCGGCUAGAGCAGGAAGAUGAGGGAGUGCCGAGUACAGCUAUCAGAGAGAUUUCUCUCUUGAAAGAGAUGCAACAUGGGAAUAUUGUAAGGUUACAGGAUGUGGUGCACAGCGAUAAGAGACUGUACCUGGUAUUUGAAUAUCUGGAUUUGGACUUGAAAAAACACAUGGAUUCUUGCCCAGAAUUCUCUAAGGAUCCCCGCCUGGUUAAAAUGUUUCUGUAUCAAAUACUCCGUGGUAUUGCCUAUUGUCACUCUCAUCGAGUCCUUCAUAGAGACCUGAAGCCUCAAAACUUGCUGAUUGAUCGACGUACCAAUGCAUUAAAGCUUGCAGAUUUUGGAUUGGCUAGAGCAUUUGGCAUUCCUGUCAGGACAUUUACACAUGAAGUUGUGACUCUAUGGUACAGGGCUCCGGAAAUACUACUUGGAUCACGCCACUAUUCCACUCCUGUGGACAUAUGGUCGGUUGGUUGUAUAUUUGCUGAGAUGGUAAACCAACGACCAUUAUUUCCUGGGGACUCUGAGAUAGACGAACUCUUCAAAAUCUUUAGAAUCAUGGGCACCCCAAAUGAAGAUACAUGGCCCGGAGUGACAUCUUUACCUGAUUUUAAAUCAGCAUUUCCGAAAUGGCCACCCAAGUUUCCACAGGAUCUCUCGUCUGUGGUUCCAAAUCUUGACGCAGGUGGCCUUGACCUCCUCAGUAAAAUGCUCUGCUUAGAUCCAAGCAAAAGAAUUACUGCCAGAAACGCGCUGGAGCAUGAAUACUUCAAGGAUAUCGGGUUUGUCCCCUGAUCGAUGCCCUUGCUCUUUGUUAUAUUGUAUAUUUUUAUGCGUGGCAUCUGCAUUUUAUUCCUAUCGACAAAAGUGUGAUACACGGGUGACGUUAUCUUCCCAUAUCUUCCUUCUCUCCUUCGGUACGAUUUGGUUGAUACCAAAGUGAUUCUGCACACAAGGAAAUAUGAAGGAAAUCUCAGUCGCCCCUGCUUUCACUUGCUCUUAUCUUCUCCCCCUUUUGUGUGGUUGUGUCAAUUUUUUUCUUUUUUUAUAUGUUUAUUUUUGCCAGUUAUGAUGUAACAUCAUGCUAUUAGCCAAAUGUUACUUUUUGACAUUGUUUCGGAGCAAACAGUUGCUUAUUAUAUAUCUUAUGUACUUUGUUGAUUGUA